AUGUGGAAUAUUCGUUCAAAUCGUAAUAUAAAACGAGUUUAUUCUCAUAUAUGGAAUACAAAUGAAUUAUUAGUUUCAUUUGACGAUUGUGGAAUUUUUCGUAAUUGGUAUUAUGAACCAAAAUGGAAAACAACUAUGGGAUGGUAUCGUGUUGAUCAAAAUCCUAUUUUAAAACCUAAUCGAUGUUGUAUACAAGCUUUUAUUUCAUUAACUGAUAAUAAUGAAAUAACAGGUGGUCUUAUUGUUUUUUCACAUACACAUUUACGUUUUAAUGAAUUAAAUAAUCUUGCACGUCGUUCAAAAGAUUUUGUUGCAAUUCCAAGUAUGCAUUCAAUUUUAGAUCGAGGAAAUGCUAUUGGAAAAUUUAUUCAUUGUCAAUCUGGUGAUCUUGUUGUAUGGGAUUCUCGUCUUGUACAUUGUAAUUCUUGUGCAUUUAUUUCUGAUGAAAGUUUAAAAAAUCAAUCAAUUGAUUUCUUACGAAUUGUUGCUUAUGUUAGUAUGAGUCCAGCAACAUUUGUAUAUAAUCAAACAUUAGAUCAAUUUCGAAAGAAAAGAAAACUAUUGGCACAAAAUAAUUGUACAUUAACACAUUGGAGUACUGAAUUAAUAGAAGCAAGUAGCUCUGCUUUCAAUUUACCUAAAAUAUCAUUAGAAAAACUUGAUGUAUAUCAACGUGCACUUAUUAUUGGAACUAAUGUUGAUGAUGAAUAA